CCCGUCGUGCAUAGUUAAGUAUGUCGGCGAGUGUCGUCUGAUUUUGUACAAAUCGAUAUAGAGAGGCUAACGCAAGUAGCGAAAGUAAUUCAAGAAUGACAUAAAUCGCGUGUGAACACUGAUCCUCAAAAAUGAAUAGCAGACGAAACAAUGGAUACACAAAUCAGGACUUGGCCAAUCUUGAAGACGAUGAUUUUGAUGACUUUGGAGUAUUUGAGGGUGCUGAUCCUGUGGAAGGAGUGGCUGCCUCGGAAGACCAGGCUGCUGUCUCAUCUUGGGCAGCUUUUGCAUCAGCAUCAGCGAGGCUUCAACCAGAUUUGCUAUGUGCACAGAAUACUUUCCCAAGGUAUCUUGACCCUUCUGGUAUACCAGGUGUUCAGCAAGCAGUUGAUGGGGUUCAUAGUGGAGGAUCUGAUAGAUUGCAGGGCAGCCUUCCUUUACAUGAUGGUCACUUAAGUAAUGACACGCAAGAGCACCAAAGAAGUGAAGUAGAAGAGAGACUUUUUGGAGGAGGUUCCAUUCCAAUAGCUGAUGUCUUGGAUGGAACUUUUACAUCACCAUCCAGCCAUGGCCGAGCUGGUGCCACUGGAAACUUUCCAGCCAGCAGCAUGCUUCCUGACAUUGGGCUUGGCACAAUUCAGAACUGUGCAUUUUCAGAGCCAUCAGCAGUAAAUAGUUCUCAGAAUGCCAGGACUUCCCCAAACCCAGACCCUCCAGCUGCUGAGAGAGAAGAAAUAAGCAUGGGGCAAGAAAGUCUUUUACAGCCUCAAGCUGAAGAAAGUGGACUGGACAGGGAGGAAGUCAACACUGCACCUGUUCCUGGAAAUGAAAGCGAAAAUGUGGUAGCAACUGUAGAUGAAAGUCAGCAAAGCAGUCUGCAGAGUGAACUUGCAUCCCUUCAGUCAAGAAACCUUAGUCUGGUAGAAGAAUUGGAGAGAUGCCAAGUAGAGCUCGAGAACCAGAGGUUAAGGCUUCAAGAACUUCAGCGACAUCAUGCAGAGCAGUUGGAGGCUGUGAGACAAUCUGGUCAUGAUGCUCUAGUUGUGAUUGUUGAGCAGUAUAAGGAACUUUCCAAGACAGCAGUAUUGGAACAGCAGGAAAUUAGCCAGCAACACUUGCUGAAAGUCGUGCAGCAACAAGAAGAUGUUAUGCAGCAAGUACUUGAACAUCAGAAGCAGGAAAAUGAAAAGGCAAGAAGUGAAGGCAUAAGGCACAUGAAAGAAGAGCUGCAAACAGCACUGGAUCAUCUGCACCUCCAACAUAAAGAACAGUUUGAUGUAUUUCUGACUGAAGAAACAAGGAAACAAGAGGAAGCAAUUAAACUAGCUUUAGAGGAGGAGAGAGCCAGGUAUCAGCGCCAGAUUGAGGACAUCGUCACAGCAGAGCAAGCUAAAGCCAAGCAACACCUGCAGCAAGCUAAAGAUGACAUGGUUAGGCAGCUUGAAGAUAUGCAACAAAAACAUAACCAGGUGUUGAAAGAAGUACGGCUGGAAGAAAGGGAGCAAGCACAGAUUCGAUUAGUAGCCUGCCUGGAGCAAGAGCGAGAUCAGAGUAAAGAAUUGAUGUCCAGGGUAUUACAGGAGGCCCGCCAUGAGCAAGAGUUGUAUUUGGAGCAACAGAGACAGAGUGAUGCUGCUGUGAGGCGUAGAUAUCUGACAAGCUUAGAUCUCCUUCUGGAGAGUGCUCGGCUCCAGAUCAGCCAUAUGCUUACUUCAGAACCACACUCAGUUCCUCAUCUGCAGCAAAAGGAGGACAAUUCUUGAACCAAGCAGCAAAACUUUCUCAGACUGGACAUCGCUUUUCCCAUUUAGAAAUGGGCACUCAAACUUGCUAGCUCUUCAGACUUAACUCCAAGGUGCUGUGGGAUCAUAAUAUGAUGGAGCUUUUCUUAGAAGUGGAGAGGCUUUUUUUUCAGCACUCGCCAUGAGAACAAAACAGCUUUAAAGAUCUUGCUGCAUGAGAAUUAAAAGUUGUGGAAGACCAAACUAGUGAGAGAAAUAGUUUACCAUAUAGAAUUGAACACAUUUCUAUAUGUUUUAUUAGAUUGUUUUGAGAUUUGGCACUGGAUGCAUACUGAAAGGGAGAAGACAACAACUGUGGGAGAAGAGUUCCUUAAAGUGUGUAAAGGUGCCUUUCCACAAGUUAUUCUUAGGCAUAUAGCAUGCAAAAUAUGUUUAAUAUUGCAAGAUUAUUUCCUGUGGGAACAUGUAGGUCAUUUUUAUUUUCAUCUUGCCAUUUUUGUGAUUUAUGGGAUAGACUUUUGAAGGGGAUUUGUCGACUGGAUUUGUCUUAAGAUAAGCUAAAAUGUCUUAUAAGCUAGAUUUGGGAUGUCUUAGCAUGUAGCUGAUCAAUGGGCUGGACUUGGAGUGUCUUAGUAUAUGCUAAGGGGAUUCAUGGAGUAGACUUGGAAUGUUUUUAAAUAUACUUAGAUGCCUUAUCAACUAGACUUGGAAAGUAUUGAAAUGUGUUAUGGUAAUUAAUGGGCAGGACUUGGAAUGUGUUAUUGUGGUAAUGUGAUUCAUGGACUAGACUUGGAAGGUCUUUGGAUAUGGGUACUAAGAUACCUUAGACUUGGAAAGUUAAUGUGUUAUGGUAGUUAAUGGGCAGGUCUUGGAAUGUCUUAGUAUGUUCUAAACGGGAAUUUAUGGGCUGGGUUUGGAAGGUCUUUCAUGACUUCAUGGGUUAGAGUUGUGAUAAUUUAUGUGCCACUUAUCAAUUUGUCUUUGCCUUUGAACAGCAGAGCCUUCAUGUCCUAUUUCUGCUUUUUUACAACCUUGUUAAUAUUGAUAUUUUCACUUUUCUGCAUUAUGACAAUGUUUUCUUUGCAUACUGUCAGCAUUUUUUAAGAAGACAAUAUCUUUAAAUGGUAAUGACUGCUGGUUCCAAGAACUUAAUGUACAGUUUACUUUUUGGUUCAGAUCUUGAGCUUAAAGGACAAAGUCUUAAUUAGAACAAAAAUUCACCAGAAAAAUUUAGUUAUGAUCUGCUUAGUUGUACUUCCAUUUCCAUACUAAAAUAAAGCAGUCUAAUUUGCUUUUUAUCAUCAGCAUGGUACACUUUGAACUACUGGAUGCAAAGUAUGUCUUUUCUGGUUACUGUGUACGUUUUGUUUGGUCGCUUAUUACAUUCUAUUGAUUAUCAACUUAACCCAGUUUUCUGUUAUGCCUUUGAACACACCAUGUUACUUGUAAGCAGAACAGGAAAUAUAGUGCAUAUAUAUUAUAGCUACUAGGUUUAAGUUUGGGACUUCACCUAUACUUAACAAAAUUGAAAAGAAUUUUUACCUUGUACUUGAAACAGUAUAUGGCAGAACAUGAGACACUUUUGACAUUCUUGAUGUUGUACAAUUUCAGCAUUUAAUGUCUUUUAUGUUGAGUAAUUUGUAAAGACUUUGUCAAAGAUCGCUUAAUAAUGCCCUCUAUAUUAUUUAGUAAAGAUUUCAGUUUUCCAUGUAAGCUGAAAAAAAUCAGUUUGCUGAAAUUAGUGUUUGGAAAGGUUUAGGACACCCUACAUCCAAUAUUGGAAAUCACCAUGAAGAUUGUUGUCAUGCUAUUGGAGGAAAAAAAUUGUAACACAUCAAGUAUGAAAGACCCAGAGAGCUUGUGAUACAUGCAUCCCAAAUCUUCCAAGAAAUUGUCAUUAAUGUGUAGUGAAAGAAACUGGUUGUAAUUUCAGCACCUUCAAGGACUUUGCUCAUCUACUUAUCAGCCAUGUGUACACUUCGUGUAUACUUGUUAAAAGAUACUUGGAACAUGGAAUUUGUUAACUUCUUUUGCAUUAUUCGAGCUGCUUGAUGUGUAACAACCUGAACUGUUUAUCUGCUUAUUUGAACAAACGUGCUGCAGAUAAAGAACCGAUAUUUGUAAAAAUAACAAAUUAAACUAGACAUAACAAAUUUGAAAAAAUAACAUAACUUUGUCUUUGUACUUAUGUUGUUACAUCGUUGUGCAAUGUAGAUAAAAUUUUGGAUUGGUUUGGGUUUUUUAAAAUGCUUUCAUAAGCUUAGCCUAGUAUGUACAAGAUAUGAAUACUGUUGGUUGUAUAAGCUUACAUUUAGUUUUGAUAGCAAAUCUCAAACAUUGGUCAACUCAUCGCACUGAACUAGAAAAUUGUCAAACCAUUUAUUUUUGGUUUUGAGUGGAAUUUUUACUUUUGUUUUUUAAGGCCAUGGACAACAAAGGUGCUACAAACGAUCAUUAUAUGCUUGACUUAAAGGAACACAGGGAAAAUAAAUUACUGUGAUUGAUCA